GGGCUUCAGUCAGUCGACAGAAUGGAGGCUGAAGGGCUGUCCAUCAGACUGUUCGUACGUGUGUUGAUGCUGCUGUUUGCACAUGUGCACAUGUGUGACGCUCAGACGUCUGCCGUUCGUAUCGUUCCCACCCGCCUGCAGCUCUUUGAGUAUGAGCCCCUCGCUUUUACCUGUGAGGACAGUAAAGGUUCAACUGAAUGGACGGUGAAGAACAAUGGAACCAAACUGAAGUGUUCCACCAGCACGGUAACCUCAGCGACCUGCACCAUCGACUUCGCCUUCGCAUCAGACAGUGGACAGUACUGGUGUGAGGACCGAACAGGACGAAGAAGCAGCUCCGUCCACGUCACCGUCACUGCUGGUUCUGUGAUCCUGGAGAGUCCGACCCAUCCUGUGACGGAGGGCGAAGCUGUAACUCUGCGCUGCAGAAACAAGACGUCGCCCAAACUCAGAAACAUCGUCUUCUAUAAAGACAAUGUCAUUGUCAAAAGGAACUCCACAGAAAACCUGACCAUCCACAGAGUGUCCAAGUCUGAUGAAGGACGGUACAAAUGCAGCAUCUCUGGACUCGGACAGUCACCAGAGACCUGGCUGAGAGUCACAGAAACAGGAGUGGUGGAUUUUACCCAGCAUUCCCGGCUGCUGUUGCUGCUACUGUGGGUGGCUGUUAGUGUGGUGUUAGUGCUGCAACUGCUGGUGAUUGGACUAUUCUACUGGAAGAAACAGCUAGUUCUACUGGAGAUCAAGAUGAAUGAGGACACGCACGCUGUGGUGAAAAAAGACAAGAAAGAGGAAGAUGCUGCUGAUAAUUGGAGCGUUAGUGACAUAAACCAGAGCAGAAAACCUCAGACCACAGACAAAGAACCAGCUGUGUCUACCUUCACACUGACAUGAACCUGGAACAGAACAGGACGCUGAAUCUGUAACAGUGAAACCAACAGUUUCUACCUUUUCACUGACGACUCCAGUGAUUGUUUAUCAAACUGAACCAGAACAGGAGUCAGAACAUUCAGUCAUCUUCUGGUGAUACCGAGAGGGUUACACUCAUUCAGGCUUUUUUUUUUUUUUAAGGUUUGUUUCUUUGGGGGACACCAGAAGGACUGGACUUUGCCUUUUAUUUUGUUUCCACCAUGAAUAAAUCUGAAUGUGGUAAACCUGUGCAUGUCUUGGCACAUCACUGUUUUGUGUAAAUGCAUGAAUAUAAACUCAGCGUCAUAUCUGAACAAAACAUAACAGGUUCUGUUCAAGACAAGUCAGUCAGACUUUAUUUCAUCUUUUCACAUCAUGUUUUACUCUUACUUCACUGCAGUAGUGUUGAAUCAUAUAGUAUCACAACAGUACAUUUUACAUGUGUAUCUUUAAUGUAUAGACUUGUUUGAAAUGCAUCCAGAUGAGGUACAGCAGGUGAGAACAUCCCUGUUUAACAUGUCAGAAUAAAGCCAAAUGCAUCAGUUUAGAACCUGCACAGUUUCCACUCCUUUGGCCCGGUCGUUUUCCAAAAGGGACCUGGAAUUACCCAUAGUUCUCAUCUCCAGGACGUCAGGGUUUUCAGCUCCACGGACUGUCUCACAACCUGUGUAAAAUAAAAGACUGUGUACACAUUCAUCUGGUAACUCAGUUAGCUCAAAAUGAAGAUUUAGAUAUUCGGAUUAAAAAAAAUCACAUUAGUUUGGUUUUUCUGCACUGGAGGAAAAAGUAGAAACAGGAAAGUACAAAUGUACAUAUUUAGUUAUUUAGAUCAGCUCAUAUAUGAGCAGUAACACAUGUACACUAAUAUUCCACCAUUAUUCCAAACAUGUCACUAAUGUUUCUGUAUCUGGUCUGUAAACGUUUACUCUUUAUCUGUAACAACGUCAUCAUCAUGAGUUUAUCACACAGGAUAUUUUCAGUAUUACUGGAUUUUAUUUCAUGUUUACAUUCAGGUCUAUUGAUGGUAAAACUG